AUGCAAAUGGCUAGAAAUGCUCAAAUACUUGAUAGUAAAACAAUUGAUGAAUUAGAUGAACUUGAAGAUGAAGAAGAGGAACGUGUGUUGCAAGAAUACAAACGAAAACGUCUACAAGAACUUCGCGAUAAUGCUUCACGUGCACGAUAUGGUGAAGUUAUAGAAAUAUCAGCGGUUGAAUAUAUAAAACAAGUGAAUCAAGCUGGUGAGGAUGUAUGGGUUGUUCUUCAUUUGUACAAAUCAGGAAUGCCAUUAUGUACACUAAUCAAUGAUCAUCUUCGUCAAUUGGCCCUUAAAUAUCCAACAACAAAAUUUUUAAAAAGUAUUUCAACUGUUUGUAUUCAAAAUUAUCCGGAUAAAAAUUUGCCUACAAUAUUUGUUUAUAAUAAUGGUGAAUUGAAAGAUCAAUUAAUUGGUCCAUUUGCAUUCAACGGAAUGAAAUGUCGUUUUCAAGAUUUAGAAUGGAAGUUGUAUGAAUUUGGUGCUCUUGAAACAAAAGAGAAAUUAGAAAAACCAGAAGGAAUGAUUGAUGCUCGUAAUAAUGGAGAUGCUGCAAAUGAAUUUUUGAAAUCAGCUAUUCGACAAAGUAUGAGAGGUGACGACGAUGAUGAUUAG